ACUCCUGCCUCUUAUAUAACCCGCCAUAGUGUGAACAACUUCCCUUCCCCCCCAAGUCCAGAAAGACCACCAAAAAGGGGAAAAGAAAGAAAAAAAGAUUCUGCUUUUUCAAGAAUUUGGCGGGUAAUAUUCAUUAUCAGCAGGCAUGAAGCUGAUGAAGCUAAGAUCAAAGAAGUUCUCCAGAAGCAACUCCAACAAUAACAACCCAGAAAACGGUGGUGGCAACAGUCCAAUUAACGGAGGAGGAGGAGGUGGUGAGAUCAAAUGGGAGGUACGGCCGGGAGGAAUGCUGGUUCAGAAGAGAGAGCAAUGCGGAGACAGCAGCAGUAACAGUGCUGACAGCGGGGAAGGCCUCAUCACUCUCAGAGUCUCCACCGUCUCCAAAUUCUAUGAUAUUUCCGUUCAAUCAACUUCAACUUUUGGAGAACUGAAGUUGAUACUUUCACUGGUGACUAAUUUGGAACCAAAUGAGCAGAGGUUACUGUUCAAAGGAAAGGAAAGAGAAGACUGUGAAUACUUGCACAUGGUUGGAGUAAGGGACAAAGACAAGGUGCUGCUUUUAGAAGAUCCAGCCCUGAAAGAGCGGAAGAAGCAGCUUCUGGGGGCUUUGCCGGAGUUGGAUCAGGAGGAGAAGUCAUCGGAUCUCCUUACCGCACCAUCAGUGUUUAAAAUAAAAUAAAAUAAAAUAAAAAUCACUGCUGCAAAUACUGGAGCACUACUACUAGUACUCUUCAGUGCCUUCCUUCCCACCUAAUAUUUCCGACUGACCACCGCCACCUCCAGUGCCACCAGCAGCUAAUUGAAAAUGAUGAUAGAGACUACUAGUUUAGAGUAAGAGUACUAGUAUACUUAUUAUUAUUAUUAGUAUUAAUUUCUUUCCCGUCUUAAACAAAUCGACAGUGCUGUAGUUGGUGAUGAAUCUUUUCACCAACUUAAUUAUAAUUCUAGAGUAGUCUGUUGGUAGUUUUAUAGUAGUAUUUGAUGUCGGUCCGGGGCAUCUUAAUGAGUACGCUGCCCCGCCGAUGGCCGAUGCAUCAUGUCCGCGUCAUUUUCAUUAGUUUAUUUCGAAGAUUAUAUAUUAUGGAGUCA